CCUCCUGCCCUGAGACAUGUCCUGCUACAACCAGUGCCUGCCAUGCCUGCCAUGCGGACCCUGUGGCCCAACUCCGCUGGCCAACAGCUGCAAUGAGCCCUGUGUCAGGCAGUGCCAGGACUCCAACGUCUUCAUCCAGCCCUCUCCUGUGGUGGUGACCCUGCCCGGCCCCAUCCUCAGCUCCUUCCCGCAGAACACCGCCGUGGGAUCCUCCACCUCUGCUGCUGUUGGCAGCAUCCUCAGCUCUCAGGGAGUGCCCAUCUCCUCCGGGGGCUUUGGCCUCUCCGGCUUGGGCAGCGGCUACUGCGGCAGGAGGUGCUUCCCCUGCUAAAGCUGCUGGUGAUGGCCCGGGAGAAAGACGCCCAGGGACCCAGAAGUUGGUAGCGGACAGAGCAUUGGCUUCUUGCAUUGAGGUGCCAAACACUCCCAGCACCAUUGCAAAUGGAUGGGGCCAGCCUGGCCUCUUGGAAAGCACAGCCCAUGUCUGCCUUUCCUCACCUUCACUCUCUCCUUUCCCACCUGUGUCCUUGUUGCUCACUGCAGCUCCACUGCGCUCAAAGUCCGACAGUGACAUCCUAGUGUGGACCUUCUGUCCCUUCUCCCUCAGUGGAAUGGGCAGAUGGACAGGUGGUGGGAUGCCCUCCAUGGCCACACAGUGCACGCUCUCGUCUGCCCCUGGAGCUUUCUGCACUGGGGCAUCCUCUUGGUGUGACCUCGGUUCCCUCUUUUGACUCUAAUAUUAAAG